AUGCCCCGGGACGGCGGCUUUCUGCGCGAAGUCGCGGCCCGCGACAAACUUGGGUCCCAGCAAGCCGGGGACCUCUACCUACCUGUCCUGGGCGCCGGAAGACAUUUGCGCCGAUUUCGGGUACGGCACAGUCGUGAGCCAAAGUUUAGCACAGAGGGCAAGGACAACCUUUGUGAGCUAGCAGUGGGGACCGGCGUCCUCAAAUUCAAGCUUUGAACAAACCGCAGGACUCGCAUAAAAACGUUCGAGAGAGCUCACCUUGAAGACGUCGCCCGCGCGAGCGCGGAGCUGGGCGACUUGGAAAAAGUGACACGUAUUGCGCGUCGCCCCAGCCUCGCGAGGCGCGCGCUUCACGAGGUCUUCAUGACACACCUUUCCGACGCCUGACAGCGCGAGAGUCUACGAAACCGCCGUGAGAGCGAGCUCGGCCGGUCGCCGGCGCCGCGCGACGCUGUAGCGGCCGAGCCGCGCCCGUGCGCCCGUGGCCGUCGACGCGAGAGCUGAAACGGUCGCGCGUCGAACUGUCGUGAGAGCGGAGCGACCCUCGCGCCUCCUUCGCCGCAUCGGCGCGACGGUUUCGCGCACAGGUACAGAAGAAGCACACAAGCGACCACGAGACGGGCGGCGCUGCAGCAACUCUUGAGUCGCUGCAGCUGCUCGUCGAAGCACCGGGUACAAAAUCGACGUCGUCAAUUAUCUUUAUUGAGGAGGCCUUCGCCGCUCUGAGACGCGCACGCGCCCUCUACCUUUCCUCGAGCGGCCUUGCGAGGCGACGGCCGCGGACGUCGAGACUCUCGGUCGCCGUCGCCGCGAGAGGUCGCAUCGGUCGAACGAGAGCCUUUUUGAGGUACCCGGCCGCUCGGCGCUCGUGACCCGUUGACAGCGCCGGGCCAUCGAAAGUUGCCGUCGCGCGCAGGCACAGGAAGAAGGCACGCAUACCAAAAACAAAACAAA